AUUAUAUGUCCUAUUUACACAUGAAUUUCAACUCAGGAUCCUUCUGAUUGGAGACCUUAAGAAGAUGAAUGUUCAUACCCCACCCACACUCCAGAAGCUGGCAAUUCAGACUCUGGUGAGAGAGCAGGCUCUAGGCAUGUCUGAUCUGGAGGAGAUGGCCCAUGGACUCUUCCCAGCACUUUUCAAGGAGGCCAUUGAUGGCAGAUAUAUCAAGCUCAUAAAGGCAUUGGUUAUAGCCUGGCCUUUCCACUGUCUCCCUGUGGGGGCAUUGAUGAGGACUACUGACCUGGAAACAUUGCAGGCUGUGCUAGAUGGAGUAGACAUUCGUCGAACCAUAGGGUUUCACCCCAGGAGGAAAAAACUACAGUUUCUCGACCUGAGGAAUGUGCACCAUAGCUUCUGGAACAUAUGGACUGAUUCAGAAGACAGUGACUAUUCAGCAGAGAUCUUGGAUGAAAAGAAAGCCCUGCAGGUCCGUCCCAGAUAUGCACUGAGGCAGCGUCUGAAGGUCACAGUUGACCUGUGCAUCAGGUCCUGCCUUGAUGAAGCACAAACAUGGUUCUUGAAGUGGGCCCAGGAGAGAAAGGGCUCCCUAUAUUUCUGCUGUACAAAGAUGAAAAUCUGGACUCUGCCAGUAAAAGCUCUCAGACAUAUCUUCCACGUUUUUGAUCCAGAGCACAUCAUGGAGUUAGAACUAAAUACUGAAUGGACUCUGUUAGAGUUGACACGUUUUGCCCCCUAUUUUGGGCAGAUGAGAAAUCUUCACAAAGUCUUCCUGGCACCCCUCCACAAAAUCGACUUCCAUUUACCCAAUAGAACAAGAGUCACCGAAGUCAAGUGUAUCAACAAGUUUGCUUCUCAGUUCUCCAAAUUCAACUGUCUGCAGCAUCUUUUCAUGUUCUGUGUCCAUUUUCUCAGAUCCCAGAUGAAUCAGGUCCUAGGGUGCUUGAUGACACCCUUGAAGACCCUCUCCAUUACUUACUCCCUGGUUUCACAGAGAGAUUUGGAUUCCUUUGCCUGCUGUCAGAGCCUCUUUCAGCUAAAACAUCUGGAAUUGAGAGGUGUGGUCUUACUGGAUUUGGAUCUUAUGCCUCUGAGGGGUCUCCUCAUGAAAGUGGCAGGCAUUCUUGAGACUCUGGAUUUGCAGGGGUGUAGAAUGAAGGACUCCCAGCUCAGUGUCCUCCUACCUGCAUUCAAACAAUGCUCUCAGAUCUCCAAUAUCAACUUCUACAACAAUGAAUUCUCCAUGCCCUUCCCGAAGGACCUUUUGCAGCACACAGCCAACUGGAGCAAGAUGAAUGUGGAACAAUACCCUGCCCCUCUGGAGUGCUAUGAUGAAUUUGCUCAAGUCUCUGUAGAAAGAUUUGCCCAAGUUUGUCAGGAUCUCAUGGAUACACUGAGAGCAAUAAGGCAGCCCAAGAACAGCUCCUUUGCUACAGAUAUCUGCCACACAUGUGGGGAGCGCUGGGUCUUUGACCAGGUGGCCAACCUUUGUCAUUGCUGGCAGUAA